AUGUUCCGCCACUUAGCUGUCAAACAAGCACACCAAUCUGUCAAUGCUGUCAGAUCUUAUGCUACAUUGAGAGAAAUUGAGGAUCGUCUCAAGAGUAUCAAGAACAUUGAGAAGAUCACCAACACCAUGAAGAUUGUUGCUUCCACUAGAUUGAACAAGGCACAACGUGCUAUGCAGGCAUCAAGAGUCUUUAACGAAACUGAUAAGGAGUUUAAAGAAAUUGCUGAACCAUCAGUUGCAACUGAAGAAGACCAACCAGCAAAGACUUUAUUGAUUGUUGUUUCAUCAGACAAGGGUCUUUGUGGCUCCAUCCACUCAACUUUGGCCAAAUACACAAGAAAAAGAGUUAACGAAUUGAACGGUAACGCUUCAAUUGUUACUUUGGGAGACAAGUUGAAGCAACAACUCUUGCGUACCCACUCACAACAACUUAAAUUGGCCUUCUCUGGUACUCUUAAACAAGAGCCAACUUUUGUCGAUGCAGCAUUGGUUGCUGACGAAAUCAGCAAGUUGGGAGAGUUUGACAAGACUGAGAUUAUCUACAACCGUUUUGUUUCAAAUGUGUCCUUUGAAGCAUCCGAAUUCUCUGUUUUCAACAAUGAAGCUAUCACCAAGGCCCCAGGUUUGUCCAAAUACGAGCUUGAGUCAGAAGAUGCAACCAAUGCAAUCUCCGAAUUUGGUUUCGCUAACGAUUUGUUGAGUGCUAUGGCUGAAGGUUACGCCUCAGAAAUCUCAGCAAGAAGAAACGCUAUGGAUAACGCUUCUAAGAAUGCUGGUGACAUGAUCAACAACUACUCCAUUUUGUAUAACAGAACUCGUCAAGCCGUCAUUACCAAUGAGUUGGUUGAUAUCAUUACCGGUGCAAGUUCAUUAGAGUAA